AUACAAGUGAAGCCAAACUUAUCGAGCAACCCUCUUAUUGUUUUACAAUAUUACAAUGCCUUUACUGGCGCUAAUGUCAUAGAUAUAAGAUUUCCAGUUUAGUUAAUUUCAAGUCGUGCUCCCAGAUGCAGCUUGAGUUCGGUUUGUUUUGUGUGCUUCUCGCCACCGGAGCUGUGCGAUCAGCCAGCUUGGAAGAUGCCAAAUGUGGUUACAUAAGCGAGGAGGAGCUGCUAAGGCAGAAUAAUUUUGCGGUGCCCACGGAGCAUCAGUGGCUGGCACGCAUAAUGUAUAAAAAUGGACACGAGACCAAGCUGCCAAAUGAUGGAUGUCUCGGCGUGCUCAUAUCCCCGCGUAAUGUUUUGGCCCCCGCCCACUGUUUCCUGCUGUACGAUGGGCGUGCCAAUGCCUACUCUGUGCAGCUGGGCGUAUGGAACAAGACCUCCAAGGCAAACGAGGCUGACUGCGCUACCGAUGGCUACUGCGUAAUGCCUGCCCAGGAAAUACCAAUAGUGGGGGUCGCUAUACAUCCCGAGUACGAUCCAGUUUCGCUGAAGCACAGUCUGGCGGUGCUCACCCUCAAGCGGGAUGCGGGUCGGACAACAAAUGUAAUGCCCGUCUGCAUGCCGCCCUCGUCGUCGUUGCAUGAGACUCUGGUGGGGCAGCUGUUCGUUGUAGCCGGCCUGCCCACCAAUUCUGAGCUCAAGCACAAGACCUGGGUGCAUACCAUCAGUAGACCCUAUUGCCAGGAAAAGCAUGGCACACUCGUUACCAACAACCACACCGUCUGCGGCUAUCAGGAUCGCAUGAAGAUGUAUUACGUGGGCGCACCACUGGUGGGCAUACAGGUGAGCUCGGAUGAGCCGCAAUACUUUUACCUGGUUGGCCUGCUGCUCGACUCCAAAAAGGUGGACGAUAAAGAGCUCAUCGUAGCCAGCUAUUUGGAUUUGCGUCCCUACAUAGAAUUUAUAAAGCGCAAUUCCGAAUUUUAAUUCUGAAUCGGCUGUAUUAAUUAUUCAGUAACCAAACACAGAAUUUGUAUAUAACUAUAUUAUAUUUAUAUUCAUUUGAUUCCAAUUGCUAUUAUGGAAUCCGGAUAUGAUAGUAUUACAAAUUUCACAUGUCGUUUAACUUUGAGAGCUAUAUUUCUAUAGCUGUCAUUUAAAUUUGUAGGUAAAAAGUUGAGCAUAAGCAUUGGACUACUACAUUGUAUAGACUUAAUAGGAGCUUAACGCAUCAACAUCGGAACACAAUCUCAUAAAUUCUCGAAAGAAACUGCCGGAAGGUGAGCUCCUAUGUAUAAAUCGUUCGAAAUUUAAAAAAGGUGUCUAAAAAUUAACUUUAGAAACAAACAAGUUCUUUUAAGUUAAUGAUUCUAGCCAGCGUGUAGCUGAUAUACAUAAUGGGCCCAUAAAGCUUCCAGGCCAAUGCGCACACGGCAAGAACAAGUACAACAAUGUCUAUGCCAGAAUAACAGUCCUCGCCGGGAGAGCACACAUUUAGGCGCCAAAUGGCUCUAUGCAAAGCAGAGGAUGCCAGCACGUUCUGUUCUUCGACGUCGCU